ACAUGUGUGCUCUGUAUGGCAAUCAAGUCAAAAUGACUGGCGACCAUGUUCGCACAAAAGAGCCGGCAAAAACUGUGAUGGUGCCAAAUUUCAGUGCUUUCAACAACAAUUCAUCGUCAUCGUCCAAUCACAACAACAGCAGGCGACUUUCUCCGUCCGACGGUGUAAGAAAUAGCAGCAGACAAAGCAGUAGUUCGGGUGGUCGUGGAGGAGGAGAGGACUGGGGAAGGUAUUCGAACAGCAGUCGAUCCGGAAGCAGCAAUAGUAGGUAUUCGUCUUCGCGUGUGAGCGAUCGAGGAGACCACCGCAAACCACCAGAGCCGGGAUGGAAGCGACAGGCUAAGUACUAUUGCGAUGUCUGCUGUGUAAAUUGCGUUGGCGAGCAGUCUUUCGAAGCGCAUAUGUCGGGUCAACCGCAUUUAAAGAGAGUGAGAAAUGCUGCGAUACAGCAAAAAGAGAUGGAAAACGCUAGCACUUCGGGAGGCGGAGUGGCAACCAAAGCGCCUGAGAAUUUCUGCCAAGUGUGUAAUGUUGCAUGUAGUAGUUCGGAGGCAUACACUGCACACAUUAGAGGCCAAAAACAUCAGAAGUCGAUGAAGUUGUGGCAGUCGCUAGGAAAGCCGAUUCCCGAAUCACUGAAGCCGCAGGUUGUGAAAGUGAUUCCGAAGACAAACUUCACUGUGGGAGGAACUCUCAACACAUUAACCGGCAAAAUGGAGCUCACUUCUGAUCGACCGCAGAAGUCACAGGAGCAAGUGAUGCCAGUUGCUGCCCCGCCGGUGAAAGAGGAGAAGCCUAUAGUGGGCAGGGAGUGCAUUGUGGAGGAGAAGGAUAAACACGGCAAGGUCAUCAACUACAAGUGCACUAUUUGUGACUGCGACAUGAACAACAAAUACAUGCGCGACGACCAUCUCAAAGGCCGCAAACACUUGACUGAGUACAAGUUGAAGGUGAACCCCAAUCUUAAAGCACACGACAAGAAACUCACCCAGGCCUUCCAGCAGAUUGAGCAAAUACGACUGCAGGCCGAGCACCAGGAGAUGUUGCGACGUGAGCAUCGCGAGCAAGGUAUGAGGGCUAAAAUUGGGCAGCGUGAGAGGGAAGUGUUGACUAUGUUUCCAGGCUGUGUACAGAUCAGUGCGGUGCCCUCCAACAACGACAACACCAUACUGAGAAAACACACUGAGAUAUGUCCGUCUGCUGAGGAGAUACAGUUGGCCGAUCAGUUCCUGUCGGUGAUUGAGAGCGCUCUCAAACUGGUGUCAGAAUGUAUGUGUGCUCCAAACAACAGUGCGGAGAAGAAUCUGAAGGCUGUGAUGCGUAUCGGCUGUUUCGCCAAAGGCAUCUCGCUGAAGGGGGAAACUGCAUUCGAACUAGUGGUGCUAUGUGCUAAGAAACCGGAUCAGAAAAUAAUUAUGAGCAUCCACACAUUAGUGUCUGAAAAGAUCCCUCAAGUUAAUAUUUUUGAAAACGAAGAAUUUGAGGUCACGCUGCGCAUUCAAGACUGCUGCAUUAACAUAAAGGCUAAAAAUUUAGGAUAUACUUGUGCCGUAAACAUAACAUCACCAGCCGUACGCGAAGACCCAGAUCCCACCACCGAUCCCCCUAAGAUGCUAGACAAAGACUUGUGCAAUCUAUCGCUGGCCGAAAUGCGCCGUGCGAAGUGGUUCGACUCCAAAUCGAAACUCAAUUCGUCAUUGAUCGUGGUGCUAAGGUGUCUGAGGGAUCUGAAGCGGCGUAUACCAACAUGGCAUGUGUUCCCAGUCUACGUGAUCGAAUUGCUGUGUGACAAGGCACUGCGAACGGUCGCUCAUGAAAUGGGUCCCGGAGAGCUGCUGAGAAGGUUCUUCGAGAUAGUAUCUGCUGCAGUUCUGCUACCUGCUCAUAAUGGUGUGUAUGACCCAUGCGAGAAGAAUAAUGUGAAUGCGGCCAAAGAUGUAGAGCAACAGGACUGUCAGGACAUAACAACUAGCGCCCAGCAUGCGCUUCGACUAAUAGCCAUGAAUCAAACGGAGAAAGUAUUGGGUCUUAAAACUAAGCUGCCUCCACUUCCAACUCCUUCUGUAUUGGACACCACGCCUCCUCUACCCAAUCUAACACCAGCAUUAGCGCCUGUGAAUGUGCGAUCGGUGGCGGAACAACGGGCAGUCACAUAUUCACAAAAGGAACAAGUUAUGACCACUAAACCGGCAGUAACAGCAGCAGCGCCGCCCCUGACUCCUUUGAAACCACUGACUUCAUUGACCAGAGAACGUCCCCUCAUGAAGCGGGAAAAUGAUAGCAGCGGUGAGCUUAGUGCAAUUAAUGGAGCAAGUUGUCAGGAGCAAGAUUAUAGCAAUCAGCCACAGGGAGCUUCGCAGAUGAAACCGCCCUUGCAGUUAUUGAAACACCAUGCGCCGCCAGCUUCUGUAAAAAUUGAAAUUACAGACGACGUCGGCGGCCAAAUUCCCGAGAAAAAAAGCAAACUCGAUUAAAAUUGAUGAGUCAAUAUACAGAUUUUUCUUCCGUUCAAUUUCCGUUUCAAAUUACCCUCCAAAUUUU